CCUGUCCCCCACUCUUCCCCCAUGUCUGCUGGGCAGCUCACCUUGCUGGAGCAGUACCGGGUUGCUUCUUCCUCUGACCUCCAGUCGGUUCUAAAUGUCAUAGUAAACGCUCCUCCCUUCACAUUCGACACGAAUUCGCGUUCAGAGCUCAUUGGCCUCCUUUUGAAGGAUAUCAAAUCAUCCAGAAUUCUACCUAGGGACAACACACUUGCACUGCUUACACUUAAGACCUUGAGUAAGACUGCUGCUGGCUCGGAAACCCUCGGAACUGCUACGAAUCUGAGCGCCCUUCUUGAAAUCGCACUCAGCCUACAAGAGGAGGUAGCGGCAUCAGGAGAGGCUUUGAGAUGCAUUGGAAACGCCUUAUUAGUUGAGCCUGCACGAGCAACGUUCUUGUCGAAGGAAGUGAACGGGCCCAACACCUGUGUGCAUCUUCUGUCGAAAGCCACUAACGCGGAACAAAUAUCUAUCCUGGCUCGCAUCCUUCACUUAUCCACUGCCCAUCCUUCACCCUUCAUCGUAUCCUUGGUCGAGGGCGACCAGCAAAGCCACCCUUUUGUCGAUAUGGUUCGCGGGAAACUCGACCUCUUAGUAAUCAGUCUUCUGUCUGGCAUGAAGAUGGCUCGAGAAGCGAUGGUCGACGUCCUCAAGUUUGCGUCCAACGUGAUCAUACACUAUCCUAAACUGGCAGGUGCCCCGGUCGUCGGGGAGACCUGGAAUCCCAAGUUAGAUCUCAUACUACCGCCAAUAUUGCGAGUGUUCCAUACAUUACCACCGACCUUCCCCGCUCCGAUAUCACCUCCACUCACUCAAGUAUUACAAGCCCUGAUAAAUAUUCCUGUCAAUCCAGCGUUGCGAUCGGAAUGGUAUGGUGGGUCGAUGGAGCUCACCGGAUCGUCUUCACAACAGUCUGUCCCCACGCCAAGCACUCUCAAGGCUCGAAGGAACACUUUCUCAGGGUCCAGUUGGACGCAGACUCCCGUGCGAAGUCCGCAAGACACAUUGCUCCGGGCGCAUGAUUUGCUCGAAAAGGCUCUUGCACACUACUUUCCGGACGUCACCCAGGCAGAUGAUAUCGCUGUCCAAGGAAAAGUCAAAGCGGAGGGAAUCCUGGACUCUCUGGACGACGAACUAUCACCGCUCAUCGUGUUGAUCAUUCGAUUAUGUCAAGCCGAUGAGACUUCCCGGUCACGGACACGCGAAUGGCUUAUUCCAGCCAACCUAGACAGAAGUGCGGCGGCCGGUACUCUGGAGAUGCGGUCGGACCUGCUCGGACGAUGUCUCCGGUUGAUGUCGUGUGUUCAUUUCACACGAUUGAAGGAAACUAUCGGGGAGAUGCUGUUUGUUGUCUGCGAUUCGGAUUCAUCUGUGAUGCAGUCCUCUCUUGGCCACAGAAAUGUGGUUGGAUUUUUGUCCAAGAAGGGGAUAGGCGAUACGGACGUUGAGGCGAAAGAGGAAUACGAUGUUGGUGACGGCGCAGGAAUCAAUCCUGCUGGUGCCAGUUCAAAUGGCAAGAAAGUGCGUAGGAAGUGGACACCUGAGGAGACGCAGAUGCUGGUUGACGGGUGUAAUAUCCAUGGCGUUGGAAAUUGGAAGGCCAUCCUAUCUGACCCAAAUCUGACCUUCUCAAGUCGCUCCCCAGUCGAUCUAAAAGACAGGUUCCGUACAUACUUCCCUGAAGCCUAUAGAACCCAUUAUCCUAACGCACGCACACAUCUCCCUCCCUCGAUCGCUCGAGCCCGUGCCCGAUCAACUUCGCCCUCCGCCCUGGCAUCGUCAUCUUCAUUGGACCCGAUUUCCCCUACCAAGGCCAAAGCCAACCGGUCGACGCAUCCUGAUGGGACACCUCUGUUUCCGUUACCAACACCGUCUCAUCCACGUCGCCGGCCAUUCACCCAAGAAGAAGACAACGCACUUCUAGCGGGAUUCCGGAAACAUGGCGCGGCAUGGGCGGUGAUCGCCAAGGAUGCGCCUGUUUUUGCAGUCACUGGCAGAAGAAGUAUGGAUCUGAGAGACCGGUUCAGGAAUGCGUGGCCCGGCGAAUACGAGCGUGCAGGCUACAAAGCUAGACCUAGGGCUGCUCGCAAGAAAGACAACGCCGAUGCUGCGGUGAAAGACGAUGAAACCCAGCCACCAGAGCGCGGCCGAGGUCGAAUCGGCAGAUCCCACACGGAUGAUGGACCGGUGCCCCCGCGAAUCGCAGCGCUGAGUGCAGGGCCUAGUGCCAGUGCCGGCGGAGGUCCGGUCCGGAGACGCCAGCGGGCGCAUACUAGUCAGGGAUUCCAGACGACAUCCAUGCCAGCCAGUGCCGCGACAUCCGAUGACGAAGGGGUGAUGGGAAAUGCUCACCUGAUGAGCUUUGGCCGGGGUGGUGAAUUUGGGUUCAGCUUCGCCAUGCCGGCCACUGAGGAGUCGGCUUUGGUGGGUGGGAUGCAUAAACUUGAUGUCGCAUCGCCGGCCAAUGCGAGCGAGCAAGACGAAGCAAUGCCCGAUGUGACUCCUUCGCCGUUGUCCUCUCCGCCAUCGCUAUCGUCUCCAGCAGCGGGGCUAGCCCCGAGCAAACUGCAGGCCCAGAUCUUACAUCAGCAGCAGGUGCACAGUCUCGGUGCAAUGCAGCAGCCAGGAGAGACCAUCGGGCGCAGUGCAUGGGGAACGCAGGAUUGGUUAAGUGCAAAUCCAAGGCUAGAUCCAUCGUACGGUACAGGGACGUUCCGUUCGCCGUUUUCUCCGUGGGACACGAGCGACACUACGGGUGAUGCCAGUGGACCAUUCUUCGACGUGUCUCACAGCGUCCUAGAGCGAUAUGAUCUUGCACCUGCACAUCACGUGCAUCAUCAUCAUCACCACAGUCCAGGGCAGUCGGCAGCCUCCACGCCCCAUGGAUUCUCGUCACCGGCUCUGUCUUUCCAUUCUGCGUCACUGUCACUCAGCGAUGUGCACACAUCGAGUGAAACCGGAACCGUGGAUGGGGACUGGGACAGUGUGUUCGAUGAACAGCUUUCAAACACCGGAGAGUACGAAUCUGAGCCGGGGGGAGGAACGUCGAGUUGGGGCGGUGGGUUCCGGGGGUUCACGCACCACGUGAACACAGCAGGGGAUCUUAUAUUCGGGGCCAGGACUCAUCAGCCACCGUGGAGUGGCUUUGACUUGUGGACCCGGCCCGGUGGCCUAGCUGGGAUCGCUGAAGCCCCAAGGGGAGGCAAGUUGGAGGAAGAUACGGGCCCUGAUCCUGCCGAAGAAGACAAAGUGGGAUUGUUCCCACUGGAUGAUCUUGUCGACCUUCCGAAUGAUCCGCCAGAUUCCGAAAUGGAUGGAAACGCAGUAGACUCGUUUGAACCACCUGGCACGCCACAGACACAAACGCGAACGGUGCACAUCCACCACCAUCACCAUCAUCAUCAUCAUUACGCAAAUGCUGCUGCAGCAGCUCGUUCCACGUCUGUCCCACCAGACCUGCCGCCGACUGGGCUAGAUCCAACACUUCUUGCUAACCAGAAUUUGCCGUUUUUGGAUCUGCAUUACAACGCAGCUGGGCCUGCGUCCACAUUCCAGCAGAUGCAUCUAGAGGGAUGGCAAGCACUUGAUCUGGCACGAGCCAGCUCAUCGUCAGGAAUUUCUCCCGCUGUAUUCUCACUUCCCGUCGCUCCACUUGCGCCGCCACCAGCCACGAGUGCUUUGUACAAACAGGCCCCGCCUCGCCCGUUGAUGCGCAGCGUCAGUGGCAGUGGUCAUGCCCAUGGAAUGAAUCAGCCCGUUACCAGCACCAGCAUUAACCCCGCCACCAGACACCAGCGACGUCAGAGUGCUGCGAGCGUUAGGCCGCAGGAUGUGCUGUUGCAACCCGUUGCUCCAGGGGCAAGCUUGAAGGGCAAGAGGAAGCGAGCCAGCUGGGAUGGUGGCGCCUGGUAGCUUUGAUCCUCGCCUUUUCCCUAUUCAGAGUCAUCAUUCUCAUCCACAUUGUCGUAUCACUGCAUUUCAUUUGCACCCUCAACUCGUUUUAGCUCUCACUAUCUCAUCUUCCUCUACUUACAGUCUCAACGCAUGCCACAGUCAUUGACCAAUUCAUCGGAUUCUUACGUGUAUGGUCGCAAGAUGCCCGAUGAAGGACGUUGUGUCGAAGCAGCAACGCCGGAAGUUCAAACCGAGGGCUUGGGCAGAGAGUUUGCACGUGACUGGUUUCAUGACAAGCCUGGACAGCAAACAACGCUGCUUGUUCGAGCCGAUCAGACCGACAACGAGUGUGUACUCAAUCGAGCAUUUCUCGGACGGGUAUAGGAAAAUUGGGGGUCGCGGACGGGAGCUGGGGCUGAGAAGCAGGGGGGAUGAAAAUCGAAUCGGCAGAUGGACUGGCCCAUAGUGCCCGAGGGCGCCGACUGACAAGUGCGCGCAUGAUAAGACAAAAUACUGAGAUUGUGCAGGCCGUUGUACAUGUGACUUUGGGCAUGCUUUUCGGCUGCUUUUUUUUGUAGCAGUCGAGAGGGAGGCCAAAAGUGGAGCGGAAGAGUAUGAAAUAGCUGAGCGAGGCACAAGAUUACAAAGGCACGGGAGUCGGCACACGGCGGGUGAAUAUAUUUUGAAUCGAUAUCGGAAUCUUUUUGGCCGAAACAUGGGCCAAAUCUUCGUCGCCUGGCAACGCCGGUUCCGCUCUCUCUCCCAUGUCUGCUGGGCAGCUUACCCUGCUCGAGCAGUACCAGACCGCAUCCUCACCUGACAUCCAACCGGUCCUCAAUGCGAUUGUAAAUGCUCCCGCUUUCACCUUCGACGCGGAGUCGCGUACACAGCUCAUCGGUUUACUUCUGAAAGAUCUCAAGUCGUCUAAGGGCAGGAUAUCCUCGAAGGACAACGGACUUGCCUUGCUCGCGCUGAAGAACUUGGGCAAGAACCCCACGGGCUCUGAAUUACUCGGGAAUGCGACAAACCUGACCGUCCUGCUCGAUAUCGCUACCUCUCUCAAAGACGAUCCUGACGCAUCAUGUGAGGCUUUAAGAUGCAUAGCCAAUGCAAUGCUGCUCAUAGAACGUGCUCGAAUCGCCUUUGUGUCGAAGGAAGUGAAUGGGGGAGAUAUCUGUGUAAAUCUUCUGCAGAAAGCGACCAACGCCGACCAGAUAUUUAUCCUGGCUCGCAUUCUUUUCUUAUCCACUGUACACGCCUCACCCUUUAUUGUAUCCUUGGUCGAGGAUAAGCGCCACGGCCAUACUGUUGUGGACGUUGUUAGCGGCAAACUCGAUCUCUUAGUAAUCAGUCUUCUGUCUGGGACGAAGAUGGCGCGGGAAGCGAUGGUCGACGUCCUCAAGUUCGCGUUUAACAUUCUCAUGCACUAUCCUAAGCUGGUCGACCCCACGGAAGGAUUGAAGGUCAUCGGGGACGCCUGGAGUUCCAAGUUAGAUCCCAUUUUGCCGUCGUUAUUGCGUGUGUUCCAUGCCCUGCCACCGACGUUCCCCGCUCCGAUAGCGCCUCCGUUGACCCAUGUCAUACACACACUGAUCACCAUUCCGGUGAGCCCGGCCUUGCGAUCGGAAUGGUUCGGAGGGACCCCGGCCUCUAGUGGAUCGUCGUCACCGAAAGCAAUUCCUGUGGUCAAAGCCAGGCGAAAUGCCUCCUCCGGCUCCAGUCGGACUCAAUCUCCCGUGCGAAGCAAUGGCAGCGGUGUCGCCGGCUCUCCCAAGCCCAGUACUUUGGACCGGGCCUUGUCGGUACUUUCGGCCGGUCGGUUGUCACGAUCUCCAUCGCCUAUUCCCCCUUCCAAAGGCCCCCAAGAUACGUUAGUGCGGGCUCACGACUUGCUUGAUAUCGCGCUGUCGCAUUACUUUCCGGAUGCGACCGAUGCAGACGAUAUCAGUGUGCGGGAGAAAGUUAAGGCGGAAGGCGGCUCGGAUUCUCUGGAUGACGGGCUUUCCCCACUCAUCGUACUCAUCACCCGACUGUGUCAAGCGGACGAGAAUGCUCGAACACGCACACGGGAUUGGCUCAUUCCCACAGACCUCGAUCGAAGUGCGGCGGGUGGGAAUCUGGAGACGCGGACAGACACACUGGGCCGAUGUCUUCGACUGAUGUCCAGUGUCUAUCACUCCCGUGUCAAGGAUUCGAUUGGGGAGAUGCUCUUUGCCAUCUGCGAUUCCGACGCGUCGGUCAUGUCAGCCCUGCUUGGCUACGGCAACGUUGCUGGCUUCUUGUUCAACAAGGGCAUCAUGGCUGCGCCACCUCCACCGAGCGGAACGAGCAGUGCCGCUUCGGCCGUCGAGGCCGCCUCGGCCGAUAAUAUCAACCCGAUCACAGGCACAGCACAAGCUCCUCGACCACCAGAGCCCGAGAUGACCCAGGAGGAAAAGGAACAGGAGAUGGAAAAGCUCUUUGUGUUGUUUGACCGUCUGGAGAGAACUGGGGCGAUUCCUCCCAGCCAAAAUCCUGUCCGCAAGGCCAUCGAGAAAGCGGCUAGUGGUGCUGUCCCUGAAAGUAAACCUGAUGAUGGCGACGAUGAUUGAACGACGUCUCUCCGAUACCCGUAUCCUAUCUCACACUCUUUUUCUUGCUGCAUAUAUUAUAUACAUUUAAUGUCUUGUAUAUCUACGAACGCAAUGUCACGACUGUAAAGGCAUCUUGAUCAAGUUGGUAUCUCUCAGAUAACUCCAUCUGAUCUGAUCAGCAGUUAUUCACGUGAGACAACAAUCCUUGUUCCAUCCCACUGCCAGGACCCAUGAAACGGCGGGCCAACAAAUCCAAAAAGGUUCCAAAUGUCCGUCUACGUCCCGCCCAUCCUUCGGCCGUAGCGCGUGCAGCACGCAUCCCAGAACGCGAGAACUCCGAAUGCUUCAUCCAGGAUAGCCAGAUUGUGGGGAGUGAUGACACCGUCAUGUUAUCAGGCUCGUGUCCAAGGCCAUUUAGACACGUAGUAGUGUGUGCCACGGGCGUGGCGGACAAGACUUCUCUAUUUAAACUUGCGCUUGAGCUCGGUGCGAGCAGCGUCAGCGCGUUCACGGACCGUGUCACACAUCUCGUUGCCGAGGCACCUGGAGGGCCGAAAUACCAGUGUGCGUUGGAACGCAAGAUUCCCAUCUUACAGCCUUCCUGGAUUCUUGAAAGCCAUCGUAUUUGGCAGCACGGCGACGAUGUCGAUCUCGACGAGAGUGUCGCCAUACAUCGUCUUCCGAUAUUCUCUGGAGUCACAUUGUGUAUAUCUGGCAUAACUGACCUAGUUCGAAGGACGAAAAUUAGCAAGCUAAUCAAUCAGCACGGAGGAACGUAUGUCAAGAAUCUAGAACGACCUGUGUGUGUCACGCAUCUGCUAUGCUCGGGCGAGGACGAAACAGAGAAGAUGCGGUACGCGGAGAAGUUUAACGAACGGGGGGAGGCAAAGCCACCAAUUCAACUGGUCUGGGAGGAAUGGUUCUGGGAUUGUGUCGAGUUCGGUGGUCGUUUCGACGAGACUCGCUAUCAAGCACGGCUGCCCAGACCAGAACGGCGAGUCACGACGGUGAUAUCUGAUGUCAACGUCGAGCCGACCCCUGUGGAACUUUCAAGUGCUUACGACGAAGAAGGCGAGGAAGAUGAAAUCGUGCAGGUCCAGCGCUUGCCUGCUGUCACACUACAAGUGUGGGGCAGUUUGCUCAAGAAGCGCGGAUACGAGGUUGCCGGGAGUGGCUUGAUGCUCAGCCCUGGCAAGGCGAGGGAACUGGUUCUGAAGCGACGCCGCGAGCAAGCGAAAGAGGCCGAAGAGACAUUGGCUGAAGGGCAGAGUGUACUGUCUAGUUUCCGACGAGCGAAUUCCCUGGUGGUUCCCCGAGCUGGAUCAGUUCCUCCCGAGAGUGUCACUGCAGGUCCCAGUCGGAUACCGUUUGCUCGUGCGGCGAGUUCGAGAACUCCUGUCAAUCACACGGAGCCCCAGGCUGUCGAGGGAUCCAAGAACAAUGUACCUGGAGUCUUUUCUGGAUUGAGAAUCCUACUCCGGGGAGAGACAGAUACGAAUAAGGUGCAAGAAGCAGUUCACCAAGCCGGGGGAACUCUGGUUCAUGAUUCAGAAACGGCGGAUUUCAUCGUCGUUCGGUUGGUCAGCGGAAGUGCACUUUAUCGCGCGGAAACCUCUGAAAGGCUGCAAGAACGAUACAGAACAGAUUGCUGGCUGGAGCACUGUCUUUUCAAGGAAGCACUUUGUGACGUGGACUCGAAUCCCUGUUUUGCGCCACUGGAUAUAGAGACACCCGUCCCAGAUGCAGACAAGAUCGUUUUCAGCUUUUCGGGACUGGACGCUGCGGAGACAUGUUGGAUCCAGCGACUUGUCAAGGCUUUAGGCGUGACUCUGGCGAAUGUUUUCUCACGGCAAUCGACGCAUCUGCUCUGUCCUUCGGCGGCAGGAAGCAAGUUCCAAUAUGCUAUGCAGUGGAAAAUACCGGUUGUAGACAUGGGUUGGCUGUUUGAGAUGAGGCGGACAGGCGUUGUGCCAUCAGUGCAAGCCUAUCUCGUAGAUGAUCAGCAAGCAGUCAAGGAGAAGAAGAGUGAGAUCCAAGAAAUCACCAAAAGUUGUGACAGUCAAGAGGAAGGAGUACUGCCGCCUCAAUCUCGUUCUGUCUCAUUUGAAGAAGUCGGGGUUGGGCCAGCGCUUUCCUUUGGCAAAGCACGGGGUCUGUCGAUAGAACCACCAAGAACCCCCAGUCCGGUGAAACGACAUCAGUCUACACCGGCGGAGUCAUCCAAGAGUGGUUCAAAUCGAUCACUCGUGAGACGAACGACGAGCACUGCCGCUCCCCGUGCUGGAGUGCUAUCCUCGUCUCCGAAUGCAGUCGUGCCUUCAUCGGUCUCGCCCUCACCACUUCGAAGAGGUGCAAGCGUAUCUCCGCCUAAAAUGUCGGAAGAACGUGCGCGAGUUUUGCAAGAGAGCAUGGUUUCGCUGCUUGGGAAACGCGCAGCCACUCCAGAGGAUGCGACGAGUAGUCGAGCAGCCAAACGAGGUCGACCGGCCCGGCAACCGCAAUCGCGCCAGCCCUCGGAUGCCUUGCCGGUGAUGGUCGUCGACAAAACCGUUGUGAAUAACGAGAUGAUAUUCACUGGCAGUCAAGUGACGUAUGAGCCAUUAGAAGGGCUCAGUGUGGGAAGCGCAGAUGAGCAGAGUCUGCAAGUUUUGUACGAGGAUCCGGCUCAGCUUGCUGAGCAGCAGCGCUUGGCAAAUUUGUUGGGUGCUUCGAUGGAUAACGGGAAGAAACGACCGCGUAGGACAACACGGAAAGGGACUCGCUAGCGAAUAUGUAACAUAUCCAAGUAUUCAGAUCUUCUAU